AUGUGCAUAUCGUUAAAUGUGGUUCCAUGGCGUUUGCUCCAAUUCUCCGCCGCUUCCGCCGCUAAGAACCUCUUUUCUCUAUCGAGACUCUCCCUUGGCUCUUCUCCCUCCGUUAGAUCUCUGCAAAUAGUAGCCUCCGGCGGCGAUGAUCGUCAACCCCCUCCGCCUCUGUCUCCGCUUACCAUCGAUGGGUAUCACGUGAGCUCCGGUGAAUACAUGCGUGGAGCUGUGUAUCGCGAGCCAAAUCAGCCUCUAACCAUCGAAGAGUUUCACAUUCCCCGACCCAAUGUGAAUGAGAUUCUCAUCAAAAUCAAAGCUUGUGGAGUAUGCCACUUUGAUCUUCAUGUGAUGAAAGGAGAGAUACCAUUCUCUAGUCCUUGUGUUAUUGGUCAUGAGAUUACUGGUGAAGUUGUUGAACAUGGUCCACUUACUGAUCACAAGAUCAUCAAAAGUUGGUUCUCGUGUAGUUGGAGCUUUCAUUAUGCCGUGUGGAACCUGUUCUUAUUGUGCCAAGGUGAUGAGGAAAGAGUAGUGCUUUCAUUGGCCCAUGAUGAUCUAUGUGAAGACUUCUUUGCUUAUAACAGAGCCAAACGAACUCUUUACCAUGGUGAAACUCGUCUGUUUCUGCGCCAUGAUGCAAUGGCUUCCUCACUCUAUGCAUUACCUAUCGCUGAUAGAAAUUUCCGCAAAAGGUGUUCACACUCUUCGUCUUCUCAUUUCGCUCUGAGAGCAAGAGCUGCUGCGAAAGAAGUCCACUUCAACCGUGAUGGCUCUAUCACCAAGAAGCUUCAGGGCCGAAAUGUAGUGUUGCAGAACAUGUAUGGACCUCUUAAGAUUGUCAAUGACGGUGAAACUGUUCUCAAAGAGUCACUAAUUAAAACAAAAACCAAUGCUAAAGCAUGGGUUUCGAAUAUGGAGAUCACUGGAAAUUCUAUGGAGAUCAUAGGGCAUAUGAGCUGA